AUAUUUUCUACUUUUUGAUUAGUCUGAUGGAUCUUUUUCAUUUUGGUCGAUUUGAUGUUUUGUUUCUGGGUUUUUUUGUUUUGUUUUGUUUAGGCUAAAUCUGAUGAAAGGUUGCAUAUCUUUCAAUUAACCCCCAUAACAAAAUAAAAUAAAGGCUGCAUAUUUCAUUCCUUUUAAGCAAUCCAUAUAGAUCAACUAUAUAAAUUUGUACUUUAGAUUGGUUUGCUUUUUGGGUACUUAAUCAUCUUAUCUCUCGUUGACUUCAUCAGUCCCCUUCCACCAAAAAAAAAUCCCAGCAAAAAGUAUCUUUUUUUCUUUUCCAAAUGAAUUGUUUUAUGUGUGUGAAUUUUUUUUUCUUUUCCAAAUGGAUUGUGUUAUGUGAGUGAAUAAUCUUGUUAUUGAGGUGGUUUCACCCUUGAUCUUAUGUUCUCUGCAAGUUAAAAAAGAGAUCUUAUAUAUAUUUUUUCUGUGAAAGAAAAAAUUAAACGAGUAAGAGAUGGUGAGGGGGAAAACUCAGAUGAAGAGGAUAGAGAAUGCAACAAGCAGACAAGUGACUUUCUCUAAACGCAGGAAUGGUUUGUUGAAGAAAGCCUUUGAGCUCUCGGUGCUUUGUGAUGCUGAAGUUUCUCUGAUCAUCUUCUCUCCUAAGGGAAAACUUUAUGAAUUCACCAGCUCCAAUAUGCAAGAUACCAUAGAUCGUUAUCUGACGCAUAGCAAGGAUCGAAUCAGCAACAAACCGGUUUCUGAAGAAAAUAUGCAGCAUUUGAAACAUGAAGCAGCAAACAUGAUGAAGAAAAUUGAACAACUUGAAGCUUCCAAACGUAAACUCUUGGGAGAAGGCAUAGGAUCAUGCUCGAUUGAGGAGCUGCAGCAGAUUGAGACCCAACUUGAGAAAAGUGUCAAAUGCAUUCGAGCACGAAAGACUCAACUGUUUAAGGAACAAAUUGAGCAACUCAAGCAAAAGGAGAAAGCUCUAGCUGCAGAAAACCAGAAGCUCACUGAAAAGUGGGGAUCUCAUGAAAUCAAAGUUUGGUCGAGCAAGAACCAAGAAAGUGGAAGAGGUGACGAAGAAAGUAGUCCAAGUUCUGAAGUAGAGACAGAAUUGUUCAUUGGGUUGCCUUCUUCUUCAAGAAAGUGAAGAAGCACUCUUCCGACAACAGCAAAAAUGCAAAAGAAACCCUAAGUAAAAAGGUUUAGCAGUGAGUGUAUAAGGUCAAGUAACAAAACUCUAAAGCUGCUUAUUGUCAUCUCUCUCUCUCUCUUCUUUAAAACUCAUCUGCAUGUGUUAUGUAUCUAUGUUCUUCUACAGUUGCCUACCUAGAUGUCUAUACGUUUGUUGUUCAUUUUCAAGUUUUAUUAUCAUGUAUCAUCAAUUAAUGCUUUUCCCUCCAAAUCAGGAAUAGACAUAUCCCCAUUAUAUUAAAAAAUAACCAUUUGUUAUUAA